AUGAGAAGAUCCAACGAGCAAGAUUUCGUUGAAUACCAUGCAAAAGUGGAACGAGAUAAAGCACUUGAGCGGUUCCCCCCAUGUCCACCGCCAUACCAUCCAUAUCUUGGUCUCCCUCCACCUCCUCCUCUUUCUCCUCCUCCACCUCUACCUCCACCACCGCCACCCCUACCACCGCCACCACCUAGAGCCGCCACUGAGGUGCACAAGACUGCCAUGAGUGCGAGCACAAGGAGCAGCUUUACAACACUCGUUCUCUUAUUCCCCAAAGAUUUGUUCUUCAUUGAACCUAAUCAAAGCCAAAGGAGAAGUAAAAGGCCAACUCAUGAAGGGAAAAGAAAGAUUACAAGGCACGUUGUUAGUGAAAUAGAAGCAUUGUAUGAACUGUUUAAGAAGAUUAGCAGCGCUGUGAUUGAUGAUGGGCUCAUCAACAAGGAAGAGUUCCAGCUAGCAUUAUUUAAGACGAACAAAAAGGAGAGCUUGUUUGCUGAUAGGGUAUUCGACUUGUUCGACAAAAAGCACAAUGGGUUAUUGGACUUUGACGAGUUUGCGCGUGCUCUUUCAGUCUUUCACCCCAAUGCUCCCAUUGAUGAUAAAAUUGAUUUUUCAUUCCAGUUAUAUGAUCUCAAGCAGCAAGGAUUCAUUGAAAGACAGGAGGUAAAGCAAAUGGUAGUGGCCACACUUGCUGAAUCUGGCAUGAAUCUUUCAGACGAUGUAAUAGAAAAAACAGAAUCAAUGGAAAACCAGAAUGAAACGACCUCGCAGGAUCUGUUAUCGUCAUUCUCGAGUGUGUACUCCGUGCUGAAAUCUGAGCUCCUGAAUGACACUGCUUUUGAAUGGAGUGAUGAUUCUCAUCAAUGGGUCGAACGGAUGUUGGACUACAAUGUACCUGGAGGAAAGUUAAACCGAGGAAUGUCUGUUAUUGAUAGCUACAAGUUGCUAAAAGAAGGCAAAGAGCUAACCGAGGAUGAAGUUUUUCUUUCUAGCGCUCUAGGCUGGUGUAUUGAAUGGCUUCAGGCAUUUUUUCUAGUCCACGAUGAUAUUGUGGAUGGUUGUCAUACGAGACGUGGUCAACCCUGUUGGUUUCGAUUGCCCAAGGUCGGUCUAAUUGCUUUAAACGGUGGAAUCAUACUUCGGAACCACAUUGCUCGAAUUCUCAAGAAGCAUUUCAGGGAAAAGCCUUAUUAUGUGGAUCUAAUAGAUUUGUUCAACGAGGUCGAGUUCCAAACAGCUUCGGGACAGAUGAUUGAUUUGAUUACAACUCUUGAAGGGGAAAAAGAACUAUCAAAAUACUCGUUGCAACUUCAUCGGCGCAUUGUUCAGUAUAAGACAGCCUACUACUCGUUUUACCUUCCGGUUGCCUGUGCAUUGCUUAUGGCUGGUGAGAACUUAGACAACCAUGUUGUUGUCAAGAACAUACUCAUCGACAUGGGGAUUUACUUUCAAGUACAAGACGAUUACUUAGAUUGCUUCGGAGAUCCUGAAAACAUCGGAAAGAUUGGAACGGAUAUUGAAGAUUUCAAAUGUUCAUGGCUCGUUGUAAAAGCCCUGGAACUUUGCAAUGAAGAACAAACGAAAAUUCUGAUCGAGCAUUAUGGCAAGACAGAUGCUGCUGAUGUAGCAAAAGUUAAAGCACUUUAUAAUCAUAUUGAUCUUAAGGGCGUGUUUUUGGAGUAUGAGAACAAGAGUUAUGAGAGAAUAACGAGCUCGAUUGAAGCUCAUCCGAUCAAAGCAGUUCAGGCUGUGUUGAAGUCCUUCUUGGGAAAGAUAUACAAGAGGCAGAAGUAA